AUGCUAAUGUUUACUGUUUAUUUCCUCCGCCCUGAUGACUGCUUAGGUGAUGAUGACUUCAGACUGGACGAUGCCCUGGAGGACACUGACAAGAAGCCAACGCCCAAGACCCCGACACCCAAGAAGCCAUCCUCAGGAGACUUUGACCUGGAGGAGGCACUGACUGGCGGUGCUGAUGAGGAUCCCCGGAGGCCAGGAAGCCGGCCCAAGCCUGAUCCGAAGCCACCUGGGCCACCCAGAGACUCAGGAGGAAUCUCUGACCGAGACCUGGAGGAUGCGGCUGGACACGGGGGACGAGGAGGCGGAGCGGGGGACCGCGGUACUGAUGGGGCGGAGUCGGAAGGCCAGCCCCAGGGCCUAAUCCCAGGUGUGGUCGCUGCAGUCCUGGCGGCGCUCGCGGGGGCUGUGUCCAGCUUUGUAGCCUAUCAGAAGCGGCGCCUGUGCUUUCGGGAAGGCGGCUCCGCCCCCGUCUAGGCUGACUGACCUGCGACCCAGUUGACAUCGCCUGGACCCCGGGCCCCGCCCCCCAGGUCCUAGAAUCCACGCGGGUCGCCUGUAGGGGGCAGGGUCGGGCCGGAGGGUGGGCUGGGCCGGGGAUCAGAAUAAACCAGUUCUGCCCCUGA